GCCUUAUUUCAGUAAGAUAAUCUCAGUUCACUGAAAGGGAUAGACAAUUCAGUUUGCACCAAUAAAUAACAUCUGAAAAAAUGAAAACGUUGGGUGUGAUCAUAGCAGCUUUUGUUCUGCAAACCGCACAUUCUGCUGAAGUAACUUUACCUGCAAAUCAAGUAGCCAAUCCUAAUCAGAUAUUUACUUUUGUGUGUAUCACAAAUCUGACAGAUACAGAGGAGGAUGAAAAUUACAACAUUAAAUGGAAAAAGAACAAUGAGCUUAUUGCAGUAAAUAACACAGUGCUAAGGUACAGUGGACAGAUUUCUAGUGUCAGAUCCCCUACCCAGCAUCAACUAAUAAUAUACAAUGUUAGUGCAGAAGACAGGGGAAUGUACACUUGCAUCUUGGAGUUCACAUCUUCAGAUCUUCCUUCCACAAAUUCCUCAACAAACUUACUUAUUAAUGGUUACUUGCCCAAACCAUUCUGCACAAAGCCUGUAAGCUAUGAAACAGGACCGACUACACUAGUGUGUUUGUCUGAAGUAAGUAUUCCUAUAGUGAAGAUACAACUGCUUAAUAGUACAACAGGAGGUAUUGUAGCAGAGGUUGUCCCAGAUACCAAUGUUGGUAUUUUCAAAUUGGAACACACAAUUGAUGUCAAUGAGAUUGGAGAUGGUCAGUUUACAUGCAGAAGCAGUUUCAAAGAUCACAAUCUCCCUGAAACUAAGGAAUGUUUGAUUCAAUAUUCAGAUAUUAUUCCUUCAACAACUGAGACUACAUAUGAAAUGCAGACAACAGGCAACAAUAAAACAAGGAUAAUAACAGUUCAGUCUGAAAAUAUGACAGCACCAAAGAAACAGCUUCAACAGCCUAUUCUAGAUGGUUCCAACCUGAUCAUUACUCUGUCUCUAUGCUCAGCAUUUCUAAUUGUAUGUAUCAUUAUUAUUUGUCUACUAUGCAAGAAAAAAUCAUGCUCUACAAAAGAAAGAGAAAAACAUGAUUACACACAAUGUGUUCCAAUAAGCAUCCAUUCAAUUGAUGGAGUGGAAACCAAAACCUCAAUUCAUAACACCUAUGAAAUGAAAAGUAUGCGCAAUAAAGGAGAAGUUCAAAUAGUUUUACAAGAAAUGCGUCCCUACCAUGGUAAAGGGUUACAAAACUUUUCUAAUGUUGUGGAAAGACAUAUGCAAAGAAGUCUUUCAAUGGAAGCAAUAGAGGGCGGCACACAAGGAGAUUACACUGACAUUGGGCCAUCCCGUUGGUACUGACAAGGUAUCCUCACUAAAGAAUUUGAAAGAGAAUUGUGGCAAAUAAAACAUGCAACAAAUGAAGUAAAUGAGCAAGAGGAUCAUUACUAUGCAUCAACAGAUUAUUAUCCAGAAGAUAAUUCUUAUAAACCAGCAGAUAUUAUAGUUUAUGCCUAUACAGAAGAUAACCCAAGUUACCAAUCUCCAGACUAUCCACAAGAGAUGAAUUUAAACAAAUCUGCAGAUGAUCAAUAUGCCAAUGAUCAGCACCAUGAAUCUACUGAUCAUCAGAAGAAAGAUCGACUGCCAGAGCUUAAUUACCAAGAGAGAUCUUCAGACAACCCUGUGGAGACUCAUCAGUACGAGUCUACAGACCUAGAAAUUAAUCUGCCCAAUACUUAUUCAGACUAUUCUUCUUUAACUGAUGAAGCACAUUAUGAAAAUUUAAAUUUAUUGGGUGAAAGUUUGAUGUGUUCAAAUGAUUAUACUCUUGAAGAUAAUCCUUGUUAUCAGUCAACAGAUAAUUCAAGAGAUCAUAAAAACUUGACAGAUUAUCUACAGGAGGAUAAUCCUUGUUAUGUUACAGUUUGACAAGCCUGGCUAUGGGUGAACUAGUUGAGUGAAUUGUAUAGGAAUAAGAAGAAACAUGUCUGAUUUUUCUUUAAUUAAAUCUUGGUUCAUUACACUUAAAUGUGUUGCUUUUAGCUUCUUUUCGAUCGUUUA